GUAUGAACAAGAUCCGGAAUCAAAUGAUGAUUCAACUGAUGAUUCAAGUUAUGAAAUUCAAAAACCAUACUCUCCUGAAGAUCCUUUCUCUGAAGAUACUGAAGACGAAAACGGUGUUAUUACUAAUGUUCCCCUGAGUUUUACACCAUUGGAGAGCUCGGAAUCCGAUUUAUUUGUAAAUGGUGUUAAUCUAUCAGAGAAAUUUAGAACAUAUAUCAAUGAAGCGAUAUUACACGCUAAUGAAAAGGGCCUAUAUGUCGAGUCACACACUCACGAAAUCUUAUCGCUGUCAUCUAUACUUGUUCUCAUACCGAACUCCUACUCUACUAAAAUGGUUGAAGUGUUUGGUUUAGAUUUAUUGGAACUAACUCAUCAAAAAUAUACACCGAAAUUAUCUCUACGAUUAGAUAUAGAGAUCGAGAACAUAUAUAGAAGUGUUAUAAAAACCUGUCUGGUUGAAUCGCGCAUCAAUGGUAUCAAAUUACUUUGUACGAAGCUUGUAGAAAGGAGUGAAUUGAUGGAUAAUUUCGACAGCAUCAUGAAAAAUGCUUUUCAUGUUCCUGAUAACCAUAUAGUACAAUGGCCAAACACAGCAUUAUCGGAAAGUAAAGUAAGGAAAUUCGAUGGUUCAAGGGCGAAACAGCCGGACUUUGUUGUUUCAAUUAACUAUCAAUCCCAAUCAGCAAAUGUAAUCUACGUGGGUGAAGUGACUGGGCCAGCUGAGAAAAACAACGUUUUCAAAAAUUGUCUUGACCUGAUCAGAAUUGGAGUUUUUAUGAAGGAUCUUGUUGAUUCAGCAAUUUCUCGAAAUGCAGAGAUCAAGAUAUUAGGUUUCCAAUGUGUUGGAUAUAAAAUAGAUUUCUAUGUGCUUGAUCUGAAAGGGAAUGGAAUAUAUGUAAUGAAUCACAUUGCACAGAUAUCAAUACCUGCGACUAUUAGAGACUUAUUUAUUUUGAUAGAUGAACUUUAUGUUCUGUUAAAUGUACGGAGUAUCUUAUUAGAGUCUUAUGAUACUUUUAUCAGUAACCUUAAAAAUCCAGGUUUAUCUCCAUUAAAGACGAAGUUAUCAUUUAAAAGGAAAACACUAGAUACUCCCAAAUUUAACAAACUUGUUA